CCCGUAGCAACAUGGCGGGAAUCCGCGUGAGGUUGUGAGACUUAAGUUGCAUGAAUCGCUUGGCGGUUCCUGUUUCUGCCCCACUUUUGUUUUGGUUUUCUUUGUCAUUGGAAUAUCCAUAAAAUAUUAUGCCUCCCAAAAAGCGGACCAACGAUGCCGAUUCUAAUGGCAGUACAAAAAAACGUAAACAAAAUCAAGACGAUGUCAAAAGUUCUGAGUCUGCAUCAAAUUCUGUCGAUACAGUAAGCGAGGAUCAAAAGGAAAAUGAGGCCGAAGGGACCGAAGCUGACAACGAUGAUGGUGGAGUGUCGUAUGUAAGUUUAAAUUUAAAACUUAUUGGUCAUUGCCUAAUUAUAAUUUAAAGUUAAAGCCACUGUAUAUUUUGGAAAUCGCAAAUAGACCUAAGACAAAUAUUGUCAGGUUUUCCCAUCAUUCUUAAUUUUAAGAAUUAAUUUUUAAAACUUCGUGUUUUUUAAAAACAUAUUUUAAAAUGAUUUUUUAUUAUUAGUAGUCAAGUGCAACAAACCCACUAUGUCGAAAAUAGGUCAUACAUAGGUUGUAUAUUAGCCUAACACUAAAUCCUAAAGCAAGUAGAAGUCGUGGUCCUUGUCCAUUAUUAUUGUAAUUUGUAUGUCGAAGAAAAUAAAAUAGGCUGGGCUAAGUUAUUAAUAUUAAGUUAAGUAAUACUCAAUUGAAAUUAUUUGAAAAUAUUACUAAUACUAGUUAUUUUAGGCUAGACUUAAUUAAACUAAACUAAAUAUUAUGCAGGCCUAACUUAAACUAUGAUCUUUUAUUAUUUAAAAAAAAAAUCUCAAACACUUUAGGGGCUGUCUAUUAUGUCAACUAAAUAAGGGGUGGGGGUGUCUGAAAAUUUUUGACAAUUGUUGACAAGGGGGAGGGGGGAGGCCAAGAAAAGUUGACGUCAACAAUGUUACUUUUUUUAAUAAGUUUAAUCACUUAACAAGGGAAAAUUAGGCAGCGUUUCUAGUCCUGUGUUACACACUCACCCAACCUUCAGUGUUUUUAAAUUAAACUAACUAAAUUCCUUCUUUUUAAAAACCGUGCUGUGCUUUAAAAAGACCCCACACAGAAAUAAAUAUGCACACACCUAUGCCUAUGAACCUAUGCCAAUAAUAACAAUUGAGAAACAUUUGACAUCUCCAUGGGAAGAUAUAGAGGCUAGGAUAUAAGAUUUGGAUUUGUUUGUAAAAAAAUAUGUUGAUAAAUUGAAAAUGUAUUUAUAGUUUAACUUUUUAAUCUGGUUUCUGCUUGAAGUUAGAACAAGUCUUUGUAAAUAUUCAAAUAGUCUUUAAAGUGUUAUAUUAAUUUGAAAUAUAUUCACAAUUUAAAGGUGUAAUAGUAAUAUGUAUCCAUUUUUGUAAACCCUAUAAUCUCUUUUCUGUUUAGAGUAAGCCUUUGUAGUUAUAAAUUGGAAAAGUUUAUUUAACUUUUUUUUCUAAACAUUUUACUUUUAUUCACUCUUUUGUUGUAGUUGUAAACUAGUCUAUUUAAAAUAUUGUUGUUGUUUUUUCCAUUUUAUUUUAAUUAGGGGGGGGGUGUGUAAUAAAAUUUUGACAUAAUUUUAUAUGUAGUUGUAAACUAGUCUAUUUAAAAUAUUGUUGUUGUUUUUUCCAUUUUAUUUUAAUUAGGGGGGGGGUGUGUAAUAAAAUGUUGACAUAAUUUUAUAGGGGGGUCUCUGGAAGUUUGACAAGUUGUUGACAAGGGGGAGGGGGGAGGUAAAAAUCGCCAAAAAUUUGUUGACAUAAUUAAUGUACAGCCCCUUAUUGGCUUUAUUCAAACUCAUGUUUCUCAACAACUUUAAAUUUAAAAAAAUGGGAAUGUAAUAAUAAUUUAGCAAUCUCUCAGAGUGUUUAUUUGUCUUCAUACUUCAUUGAAUUUGAGUUUUGAUGUAUUAAUUAUUAAUAGUAUUAUUAUGAACAUUUUUUUACAUUUACACUUUUUGUUUUAAAAGUUCCAGAUUUAUAUUCUGGAGGACAGCUCAUUUUGUGGAGGCAAUUGAUUUUAGUCCCUCUGCAAGUUAGCUGCUGUCUACCCAUGACCAUGACAGAUGUUGAAUUUUACUUGGGGCUUAGUUAACUUAGUUCUUGACAGAGGAUAGUAGGGAGCCUAUUAUUUACUAAAUUAAAAUCUUUUCUCAUCUAGAAAAUUGAAGCACCCAUGCUUGCAGGAGAACUUCUUUUCUGUGGUGCUACAAACUGGGAUCUUGUCGGAAGAAAGGCCCUCCCUAAAGGCAGUAAGUGUAGAUAACUCAACAUGUCAUGCAGCCUGCAGAUGGGAAAAUUAGAAUAUUUGAAUGAGUAGGAUAGAUUUUAAAACUAUUUAAAGGAUUUUGAGAGUAAAAGAAGAUAAAAGUUGAUCAAGUUUCAGAGUUUACAAACUGUACAAAUACCUAUUGUCAGUAAAUAAGAAGAGUGACAGGACAUAAAUUAGUGACACAGCAAAAAAAAUUAAGACAUCAAAACAUUCUGUGGGUCUUACAAAAUAAAGCUCUAAGAAUCUCAUUAUUAUAAACAUUUGAUAGAAAAUAGACUGCAUUAUAAAUUUAAAUUUGUUGAUUUAUAAGCUGUAUAAUCAGUAUAGUGAAUUUUAUGUUUUUCUUUAGUUCAGUCCUUACUCAAUGCCUUGUCCUGAGGACAAGGGCACUGGAGCAUGGUCAACUUUGAAAUUGGAUAUUGUCUUUGGCUAGAAGAUUAUAUAGAUUUUGUCUGUGAAAAUUCAGAUUUAUUCUAAUGUGUUAGUGAUAUUCAAGGACUCUUCUUAUUGACCACAUUAACUUUUUAGGUUAUUUGGAUUUUAUAUAUUGAUGUGUUAAUUUUUUUGAACUAGUGAAAAAUGUUGGUGGGCCAAAUCUAUGGAGCCCAAACAGAAUCUCAGCUUUGAAAGGGGUGAAGAUCAGAACCGUUGUGUCUGGUUGCACAGCUGCCCAUUGCAUAGCCAUAACUAAUGAAGGCAAAGUUUAUGCUUGGGGUAAGUAAUUAAAAUUAUUAUAUUAAAUGUAGUGGUAUAGAAUUAUUUAAUACCCAGGGAAUAGUAUUGCUUAUACUUAUACAUUUUAUUUUGUCAAACAAGUUAAUGUAUUUCUAUUAUAACAUUUAUGUAAAGGAAUGCUUCCAAUGUCAUUAAUAGUAAGAUUUGCAUCAGUAAAUAAGUAAUUAUCAUUAGAGUACUGUAUAAUAUGGAGCAGAAAUGCCUUUUAUAAUAAGUUAAUUAAUUGGAAUACAUUAAAAAGAAUUUAAAAAAAAAAAAAAAACUGUUUAUCCUUUGCAUCUACUAGGUCGCAAUGAAAAAGGACAACUUGGUCUUGGAAGUGUGGACCGACAUGAUGUUCCACAGAUAGUGACAGCCUUUGAUGGAAAAAAUAUAGUUGAUGCUGCUUGUGGUAGAAAGCAUACUCUGUUCCUAACAGGUAGACAGAAUCUUGACUAGCAAAUGAUUCACAUUAAGCAUCUUUUUAGGUAUUUUUAAAACUUUAGCAUUGUGUUUAAGCUGACUUUAAUCAUUUUUUUUUUCUUCUCAAAAUUGUUUUGUUAAUUUACAGAGCGUGGUAGAGUGUAUGCCUGUGGAGAAAAUAAAAUGGGUCAGCUCGGACUUGGAAAUCAGAGUGAACAGGUUCUUUCUCCUUCACUAAUCAGAUACAAAGGUCCACCUAUUCGACGCAUCUCUUGUGGGGGAGAGUUCAGUGUAAUCUCAGAUAUCAAUGGGAAUGUUUACAGUUUCGGUUGUCCUGAAUUUGGUCAAUUAGGUAAAAUUUGAUUGAGAAUAUAGUUGUAGAAAAAAAGUUAAGGGAGAAAUCAAAAGUUAAAAUAAAAGGCUCUUAGAAACCAUCACUAAUACAAUAGAAAACAAAUGAUUACUCUGACAUUGUCAAAAUUUUGUAACUAUUAUUUUUACUCGGAUUCUUCUAGCUAAACUGUAACACUUCAUUGCUUCUAUAGUUCUAAACACAGAUGUUAUUAAUUGAACAAUUUCUUAAACUUGGAUUUGGCCAUUUGCUUAAAUGUUCAAAUGCAUAACAAGAACAAGUCUUUUAUUUUUAGAAGAGUCAUUUUAUUCAGAAAUUAUUUUAGAACAAAUUUUAUUGCUUUAUGGUUCUGGUAUGUCUUAUCAAAACCACUGCUCUCACAUAACUAAAGACAUAACCGCACUUUAACGCAAUUUAGACAAAAAUCUACUUCUCUGAGAUGUUAUCAGGGGGGAAAAGGUCUGAAACUUGGAGAAUUUAUAGAACAAUGAUCUGCAUGUAUUUGAAUUUUGUUUACAAAAUACCAUUCAUUAGGUCACAAUACUGAUGGUAAAUAUUUUGUGAAGAGCAACAAAAUUGAAUUCCAGUGUGAGAAUGUCCCAAGAGUGAUCACAGUGUUUGUUGAGAAGCAAAGGGAUGGCCAGGUGUCACCUGUGACAGAUGUUGAUGUCCGAGAGAUUGCCUGUGGUGUUAACCAUGUUGUGAGUUCUAUAUCUUUUCACUUCUCUCACUAUUUAAUUGGGGUUUAUGAAGCCUCAACAGGAAUUGUGCAUUAUGUGUGGACAUCAGGUGAAUAAAAGAUAAAACUUCACACAUACUGCUUUAAGUUUAAAAAAAAAUUAUUUUAGGAUAAUCCUAGACUAUAUAAUAUAUUACAUGUGAAUUAAUAAACACAAUAUGAGAGACUAAAUUCAUAAAACAGGAGGACUUAAUAAGUUCCUAUAACUGAAAAUAGAAAAUUACAAACAUUGAAAUGUGCUUCGAUGAAUUUAGUUUCACUCAGAAAUGUUAACCAAAACAAUCCAUAUAAUCAUGCCAAUUUGCUUAUUAACUGUUUAAAUUUUGAUAUAGUUAUUAUUAAAGAUAUCUCUUUCUUUUUAGCUAAUCUCAGAUAGCAAAAAGAGAGUAUUCUCAUGGGGCUUUGGUGGCUAUGGUCGUCUUGGACACUCAGAGCCAAAAGAUGAGAUGGUACCAAGGCUGGUCAAAUUUUUUGAAGGCCCCAACAGAGGAGCACUGACAAUAGCUGCGGGUUCUACUUACUCACUUGCAGUUAGUGAGCAUGGUGUGUAUUAUUAUUAGUGCAUGAAUGACCAGUACCCCUCUAUUUUUAACUACUUGGGCAUAUUUCUUUUAGUUGCAUGGGGCACGAGCACACUUAAUCCUUUGUAAGCUGCUGUACACAAAACAUGCAAGAAAUGCAUUAUAACUUUCAAUUUAUCAAGAAGCAAAGUUCAUACGCACAUAUGAAUUGGAAUAAUUCCCUCUUAAACCAGAAAGUUUGUUUUGAAGGGGUUGGCUUUUCUUUAUUUUUAUUGAGGACAUGGUAAUGGAUGAUGGCAGUUAAGCACUAAAAAAAAAUGAAACUACGGUGAUAGUAAAUGCACUUCUUCAAGAAUGUCUGGUAUGUCAUUCCCAUGCUCGGAAAACUAGAGGUUAUCUUUACAAUAUGAACAUUUAUAUCAAAAGUAUGAAAGUUUUGGGGGGACAGUUGCUGAAAUGUAGUCUUGUAUUUAUUGUAAUUAUUAUUUUAGCCGUAUUUAUGUCGUGUAACCCUUUACGGGGCAGAGGUACUUCCUCUUGCAUCUCCUGAAAGGGCACCAUUUCUCCGGUUUUUUAGUAAGAUUUAGGGUUGUUACAAAAAAAUUAAAUCUAAGGUGUUUAUCAACAAAUUUUUGUGAAAUAAAAAGCAAAAUAAAGGAAAAUGAAUGUAGAUUUAUAAUUUUACUCACAUGUUGCCAUUAAUCCUCAUAUUUGCAAAAAACAACAUUGUUUCUGAUUGUGAGUCAUCUAUUUACUAUUUACAAACACUGCCACAAAAUCGAAGUUUGUAAAAUUCAACACUGCUUACUACCCUGAUUUCUCUAAUAUUACUAAUAAUAUUAAUAUCUAGAUCCAAUUUACAGUCAGUUCGUGCACUUCAAUGUCACUUAAAUUGAAUCCAGCGAAAUCUCCGCCAUCACUUGAAUAAUUGAGAAAAUCCAUUUCGAAAAAAAAAAUUUUUUAAACCCCUAAAACUACAAAAAAAAAUCAAUUAAAUACUUGUAACUGGUGCCCACUCUAUCCAGCUAUCGGAAAAACCGGAUAUAAACAAUAGGAAGUCUCGCAAAGACUCGGAGGUGACGAGUUUACAACUCUCUAUCGUCAAUGGCGCUUUUGGACGUUUUGCCCAUUCAGUACUAAAGACGUUUUCGGCCGCUCUGCCCGGUAAAGGGUUAAAUUUGUGCUGCCUCAAAAGCCGACUAGCUAGUUAUCUUAUGAUAAGUUGUGUGAAAUAGAUUUAUAAAACUGCUCUAGAUGUUUGUUUUUUCAAACUUUUAGUUUUCAAUAGUUCAUUUUACACUAAUCCUUUGAGUAUAUCAUUUACAAAAUCUUGUCUCUUAUUAUUAUUAGGAGCUUUGUACUUUUGGGGUCAAACUAAAUCUGCUGGUGAGGCCACGAUGUAUCCUAAAUUGGUACAAGACCUCUGUGGCUGGAAAAUAAGAAGCCUUGGAACAAGGUACAUAAUAUUUUUUAUUAAAAAUAUAUAUAUAAUUUAACAUUAUUUUAAAAUUUUGAACUCCAGCUGAGAUUUUGUUUGUUGACAUUUCAUUAUUUUAAUUUGUCUUCUGAUUGAUUCAACUAGCAACAAAAGCAUAGUUCUGGCCGCAGAUGACAGUGUAGUUAGCUGGGGUCCAUCACCUUGCUUUGGAGAGCUGGUAGGUAGCAGCAUUUCAAUGUUAUUUUUCUUCCAGUAUUAAAUUUAGAAUUUCUGAUGAGUGUAAUUAUCAGUUAAAAAAUAACUAUGUCCACAUUGAUCUGUUUUUUCCACCUUGUUUAAUCCUUAUAUUUUAAAAUCAAGACUUAAAAUUCUGCUGAAGGAUUUCUAUUUAACUCAUCUUCUUCCUCUGAGCCAAUAGUUAAGAAUUUUAAAGAAAGCUUAAUAAAACUUUGUUGACUUCUGAAGCUGUACUUUUCUUUGUGGGAAACUGCAUAACUGCACUGUUUUUAAUUUAAUAAUUGUGUUACUCAUCUGUGUGCAGGGCUAUGGGGAAGGUGGCAUCAAGUCUUCAACAGUACCUAAAGAAAUGAAACCAAUUGAAGGAAUUUAUGUUCACCAUGUCUCCUGUGGCUUCUCUCAUACACUGCUAAUUGCUAGAUGUGACACAGAAGAAGAGCAGAAAGCCAUAGACAAAUUACCUGUCUACACACCUGGCCAAUAAAACUUACCAAGUAAUUGAAAUAUGAAUUGAAAUGUGUAAGUCUCUAAUUAGACAUUUAAAAAAAUAAAAAGAGAAGAAAAUAAAUUUGUAGAGUAAAUACUAGUGGCAUUUUUGUACAUUUUCGUUAAGAAAGUCAGCAUUAUGAUCAACUUGUACACUCAAAAAUUCAUUUCUCAUCAAAAACAAUUAAUGGAAAUAUAAUUUUUAGAUACGGUACAUUAUCUUCUUUUUCUUUUGAAACUAAAAGAAAUUCAAGAUUUUAAAUUUUUAAAAAUUACUCUGUCAUUUCAGAAAACUCAUCACAAUAAGAAAAAUAUAUCUUUAUAAACAAAGCUUGUUCCAUAGUCUUAUAUCUUAUUAAAACAAAGCUUGUUCCAUAGUCUUAUGAGCAUAAUAUAGUUUCAACACACUCUUCAACAUUGGAGUCAAAUUUAAGGAAACACAAUUUUUUAUUCUAAUUCAAAAGUAUCUUAGAUCUGUGUGGGCAUAGUCUUGAUUUAAUUUUUUUUAUAAUCUUAACAUUGUUUGCAGUUUAGUCUUUAAAAAAAAAAAAAAGAAUUGUUUGACCAUGUUUUGCAUUGUUUUGAAAAUGUUAAAUACUGUACAAAUUUUUACAAUAAUUUUAACAUAAAAAAUUUGGACGGAGGAGAACAGAAGAAUCUUUUUAUGAUGAUUGUUUCAAGUUGUUUUUUCUGUGGCAUUAAUAUUUUGACAUAAACUUUUAUUUACGUGAUCAGAGUUGUCAAAAAAUUAGUUGGUUUAUUUUCUUAAAAAAGAAAAUUGAAAACCUAUCCGCAGCAAGGCAUGGUUUCCAUUGAUUAUGAUCUCAGUAAUAUUUUCUGUGGACAGAUUUAGACAUUUUGCCUUCCAUUGAUUUACCUUUAUGCUGAGGUUUUAUGAUGAGCUGUUGCAGAGACUAGAGGUUACAUAGUUAGCAGGGAUGAUCAAUGGUACUUAACAAAAUUAUGAAUGUUUUUUUUUAUAAGUUAACAAUAUAUAUUAUUAUCGUUUUUAAAAAACAUUAUGUACAUUGUCAAUGAACUUUUGCCUUAAAAAUUUUUUUGUUUAAUAAAUAGGUAGAUGGACUACAACAUAGUUCUAUGUCUUAUCCCAGAAUUGGCUAAGUGAGAAGAAACAACAAAUUUUUAUAUCUUUAAAAAUUUUCUCCUCCCACAUUAAAAUUUAGUGAUCUCUAGUUGGCGAAAUGAAAUUAAACCACCUGUUGUUGCCAUACAUUUGACCUGCAGUGUAUGGAUUUCGUUAGAUAUUCUGAUAAGCAACUAAAGGGUGGGGCGCAUUGUUAGCAUCUCUUAGUUGUAAUUCAGAACUCUUUAUAAAAUGUACCCAAAAACUGUAACUUUGGGCUGAAAUAAUUGUUGACUUGUUAUUUAUGGCAUUGUUAUAUUGAACAGUAUGAUGCAUUGAGUAGUUUGGUUGUUACAGUCCAGCACAAAGAAACAAAAAAAACAUGUCUUUAAAAUUUAAUUAAAUCAUGUAUGCCAGAUCACUUCUGUUGUGGAUUGCUUUUUUAAAAAAUUAAACAUCUUUUCAUGGAGGACAAGUUGAUACGUGAAGAGAAAUUUCAUUUUAAAAAGCGACAUCUUACUCAUUACUAUUUUUAGACUGUUAUCAAUGUAUUAGGAUAUGUAGGCAAGUUAAAUAUCUUUUUUUUUUUUAGAUGAAGAAAUUGGUAAAGAGAAACUGUAUGCAUCAAUUGAAAUACCAAUUUAUUUACAUAUGGUUUUGUACUCACAAAAACCCCCAUUCAUAAAUGAUCAUUGAAAGCAAUUUAAAAAAAUUAAUUUGAGUAAAUAAAGUACAAUUCUCCUAUUUUUAGAAAAUGCGUUUUAGUAUUUUUUCAAAUUUUUGAUUCAUUUUCAUUUGAUUUUAAAAGUCAUGCAAUAUGAACAUUACAAAUUUUAAGGUGCUUUUGUGUAAAUCACUAUGUUUUUUUUUAAUGUGUCAUAAUACUAUAAAUUUCUUUCCGAACACACAUUCAGACGUUUUGAAAAGAUAGUCAAUAAUUUUGAUAAUAUUGUUGCUAUUAAAGUCCAACAUGCUGCUGACAUUUUUUUACUCAAUGAUUUCCUCUGCUACAGUUACAGAGUAAAAAUAUCGGUCAAAGUAGAGAAAUAGAGAUAGCGUUCAAAACGUAAUCUCUUUAUUUACUGCAAUUUUAUCUAGUUCUCAAAUUAUAAAUUAUUUAUAAAUAUAUAUUAUUUGAGUAGUUGACAGUAAAUAGAAUAAGGACAGUACAUUUAAAAUGUCAUUAAAAUUGAUUAUUAGGUUUGAAUAGAUUAAAAUUUAAAAAAAACCAUGAAUUUUGACGUUGAAAAAUUUAAUACACUUAAAGUAAAGAACUGAAUAAAGAAGUAAGUAAAUUUAGCUUUCCUUUCGAAGGAUGCUAGAUGACUUGGGGAAAGUGUGGCCUACCACUCUGUGGAGAAAACUUUCAUGCAUAUGUAUUCAUCACUUAUACUGAUUUAUUUUUUGUCCCAUCUUAUAUUGCUACCACAUUGUCAGGUCUUGAAAUACCUAUUAGACCAGCAGUUCUCAACCUGUGAGUCGUGACCCCUUUGGGGGUCAAACGACCCUUUCACAGGGGUCGCCUAAGACCAUCAGGCAACACAUAUAGGCCAGGAAAAUAAUUUUGUGGUUGGGGGUCGCCACAACAUGAGGAACUGUACUAAAGUGUCGCAGCAUUAGAAAGGUUGAGAACCACUGUAUUAGACCGUUUUCAUAUCACAGUUAUAACUUGCAGUUGUCUUAUGAAGAUCACUUUUUUUUUUUUGUGUUUGGAUUGUCAAUACUAAACAACCUUUUUCCAACUUAAAAUAAAAAUAAUAAUUGAUACAUUUUGUUGUUGUUGUAAUGUAAUUUGUUACUAAUUAAAUCUUCAGAAUUUAAAGAAAAUCAUGUUCCUGUUUCAUGCAUUUUGCUUUUAAAAAAGAAAAACACCUAGCAUGGGAAGUACGAGGCAUUUAUUUCAUCAAUAAAUGUGGUGAUGAUAGUGGCGAGUUGUAAAAAUACUUUUUUUUUUCCUCUUCCCACUUCAUCAAGGUUCUUGUUUUUUGAUCAUUAAAACCAUUGUUUAAUCUCAUCCUCUAUUUUGUUUUUAUUAACAUAAUUUUUGUGUCAUUUGAGGGCAGGCAGCAUUUAAUAAUGUGAUGUUUUUUUGUUAGUUCAUCUCUUGGUGUAAAAGUAUUUUUAAAAUUAUGAAGUGUCUCGCUACUUUGUCAAACUACUGUUUGACCUCAAAUUAUAAUAAUUUUAUUAUGCGUGCCUGUAGUCAUGUUUUACCUAACGUUCAUUAAUUUGCCUGAAUGUAUUUGAUGUAAGUACGCAUUGAGUGAAAAUGCAGUGUUUUUUAAAUUUUAUUUAAAGAUAGAAUUUCAAGUUUUAUAACUGGCACUUGACAUUCAUUUGAAAAAAUGAGGUUUCUAACCACAUCAAUUCACAUCUUUGACAUAAUUAGCAAUUAGAUUGUAAUGUUUCUUUAUUUUGUAAACUCAUCAUCAUUUUCCUAUGUCAUCCAUUUUCCUUGUCAUUAAAAAUCAAGACACAAUAGAAGAUAUGUUGCGGUUUUCUUUACACUAACUCUGUUAUUGAUAAUCCAGAUUUUACAGAAAUUGGUUAUGUCCCAUCUUUGUAUGGAAAACUACCACAUAUAUUUAACUAUAAUUUAAUAAUAGGAUUCCGUUAACACAAAAAUGUAAAUAAGAUAUUAGUUUCUUUUUUCUUCCUUUAAUUAUGUUUUUUAAAAUCACUCACUUUCUUUUAAGUGUAAUUUGUUGUGAAGUAACCACAUGUGAGAUUUAAAAGUAAUAAAAAAAAUGGCUCUUCAUUCAUGAAUUUUUCUUCCUAUACUCUAUAGG